UUUAAGACGCAGCAGCGGGUCAGCAAGUAGUGUAGCUAGUGUUUCUCUAAUUGAACUUCGCCCAAUCAACAAUAACUCGUUAGCGGUUGCUUGCUUUUUCUUGUUCCUUGAGACAGCUUAUUCCUUGCAGGGAAUCGCCCCCAGCCAGUACAGUUAUACUUUCUAAAGAUCUCCAUGGAACUUCGCAGAGGAACUGUCUCUCUCUGCAAGGAAAUACGAUUUGGUUGCCUGUGAAACUGCAACCUACGCCCGAACCAUGGUUAUUUUGGAGAAACAUUUUUAGAAAGGUGUAGUUGCAUAAUUCGACUGAAAGUGCUAAAAAGUGGGCUGCGAAGAAGACGACAAUUGAAGGAAACACUUGUGGACGUUUGAACGACCAUUUGAAUGAAAUAAUCAGUCUUUGUCAGCAGUAAUUCCUUGGGACUGCAAUGACCUCCAGUAAAGACAUGAAGGCAGGCUCGGUGUUGCAGUCCAGCGGUGAGGAGAGGAGACGGGGUCCCUUGGACCAGCUUCCACCCCCGGCCAACUCAAACAAGCCUCUGACGCCGUUCAGCAUUGAGGAUAUCCUAAGCAAACCCUCUGUGAAGAAGUCAGUUGCAAAUCUCUGUCCGCCGAGAGUUAUUGAAAAAGUGUCCGGCUCAAAUGCAGCAAGGAACGGUAUUAGCACUCCCUCUUCGCCGUUAUGCGCUCUGGAGGAACUAGCCAGCAAAACAUUUAAAGGUCUGGAAGUCAGCGUUAUACAAGCAGCUGAAGGCCGUGAGCAUGUAAACGCCUUUGGACAGAGGCAAACCUCAAAAAAGAGGAGAAAGUCCCGGACAGCUUUCACCAACCAUCAGAUAUAUGAACUUGAGAAGCGCUUUUUGUACCAGAAAUACCUGUCUCCGGCCGAUCGAGACCAGAUAGCUCAGCAAUUGGGGCUAACCAACGCUCAGGUCAUCACCUGGUUUCAGAACAGACGGGCCAAGCUCAAGAGAGACUUGGAAGAGAUGAAAGCAGACGUGGAGUCGCUCAAAAAAGUCCCACCACAAACCCUGCAAAAGCUAGUCAACAUGGAAGACAUUGACGACCUGCAAGGAAGCUCUGGAGCAAUAUCCCCUAGCAUCUCCCCGUCGUCACAGGGACACGGAGCAUUUCCUCAGUCCCCCUCCUCAUCCAGAGACCAAACCACGGACGAAUUCUCAGAGGAGGACGAAGAGAUUGAGGUGGACGAUUGACAGUAGGCCCAUGUUUUAAGAAAGCGCAAUUUUCAAAACGUUUGCACGGAUAUUGACGUUGAUAGCAGUUAAACUUAAAAGGAACGUUUUCUUUCUCCUCUUCUCCAUUUUAAUUACAUUAAUGGGACUGUAAAGCCUUCUAGAUGUCCCCGUUUCAAUUUCACCCAUUUAUUUGAGGAAUACAUAUUUAUUUCAAUAAGUAAAGAAACAUACUUAGUGUUAAAGUACACGAUCAAGACUGCAAAGUGUGUGUUUUUCUUCUCUAUGUAUCUUUUUUUUGGGGGGGGGGGUGCAAUUUUUUUUAACUAUUCAUCCGUUUUCAGCUGCUAAAGGACAUUAAAUAUUUUCAACUCGAAUGUCCCCAAGUUCAGAUCCAAUUGUAACUUUUAAAAUGCCCAUGUAAGUGGAGCGUAGGAUCAAUCUUGAUGUACAUUUUAUUCAAAAAAAACAGUGUUUCCAAGCAAUAGGAGUCAUGUAAAAAUUCAUUAUCAAUAUCCAGUGAAACAUAUGCCAAAACUUUUACACGCUAUACGUUCUGUAUACAAAUUAAAUAACGAAUGCCUAAUUUUAUUGUACCAUUCUAUUUAAUCAAUAAUAUGUAAAUAAAGGGUAUGAUAUUUCAUGAUAUUAUAUGCAAU